AUGAAAAGCCGCCUUUCCCUCGUUUUAGCAACCAGUAGUCUAAUCUGGACUGCUGCCAUCGCCGGUCCAAAGAUCAGGGAUUGCAACGAUGCUGAGCAAAAGCAAUGUGAUGCGGAGUUGUGCACCAGAAACAAGCACGAUUGUGACGAAUACCACUCAACUAGGGUGUCAUUUUGCAGGCGUGCACGACAACUUUGCGAUGGUCCUGUGAAGACAGAGGAAAAGAUCUGCACCCUCCAAGACAUGGGCCAGCCUGUAAGAUAUGUCAGCACGGCUGGGGUUUGUUCAAUCGAUGAUAGCGUCGACCUGCCCAAGUAUGGGUCUGGCGAUGAGACAAUAAGCUUCGUUGUGAAUUUGGUACGCAGCAGUGCCGUAUCUCAGGGUCACCAUGACGAUCUGGUACAGACUCUGAGAUUCACGUGUGAUCAUCUUUCAACGCAUGGUGCAUCUGGGUAUACUGAAAAGGUUCGCAACACCGAGGGGUUGAUCCACUGGGGCAGGGGGAAGGCCAUAUACGGCAUGACCCAUGAUCGAGCUGUGUUUGAUGGCCUUGUCAAAACUGCGAAGCAAGCCUGUGCGCAAGAGCAACGUGCCUUUGGCCUUGAAACUAUAUUUGAGAGUGAAAAGUCUAAGAACGCGUUGGACCCCCGGUCCUUGAUUUAG